ACGAAGACAAUCGACAAAAACAACUAAGCGCAAAGCCGACUGAUCCAUCUCCCUCUGUGUGCGUGUGCCUUUUCAACUAACUUUGGGAACUCGUAGACCCAGCUUGGCUCCCCGCGCCGCCUCGCCUCCACUUUGGUUUCCCGCGUCCUGCCCGCCGUCUUCGGUGCCUCCUCUUCCUCCGGGGCAAGGAUGGAGGAUCUCUUUAGACCCUCAAUUCCGCCGCCGGCGCCCAACCUCUCCGUGCCCAUCCUACUGGGCUGGGGUCUCAACCUGACUUUGGGGCAGGGAGCCCCCGCCCCGGGGCCGCCCAGCCGCCGCGUCCGCCUGGUGUUCCUGGGGGUCAUCCUAGUGGUGGCGGUGGCGGGCAACGCCACUGUGCUGUGCCGCCUGUGCGGCGGCGGCGGGCCGUGGGCAGGCCCCAAGCGUCGCAAGAUGGACUUCCUGCUGGUGCAGCUGGCCCUGGCGGACCUGUACGCUUGCGGGGGCACGGCGCUGUCGCAGCUGGCCUGGGAACUGCUGGGCGAGCCCCGAGCGGGCACGGGCGACCUGGCGUGCCGCUUCCUGCAGCUUCUGCAGGCUUCGGGGCGGGGCGCCUCGGCCCACCUCGUGGUGCUCAUCGCCCUCGAGCGCCAUCGCGCCAUGCAUCGACCGCACGCGCGGCCGCUGCCCGCGCGCGCCCUCGCCGCCCUGGGCUGGCUGUUAGCGCUGCUGCUGGCUCUGCCCCCGGCCUUCGUGGUGCGCGGGGGAUCCCCCUCGCCGCUGCAGCCUCUGCCGCAGCCGCUGCCGUCCCCGCAACCCGGCACGCCCCCGCCCGCCCGCGCCUGGCCAGGGGAGCGUCGCUGCCGCGGCAUCUUCGCGUCCCUGCCACGCUGGCACCUGCAGGUCUACGCGCUCUACGAGUCCGUCGCGGGCUUCGCAGCGCCUGUCGCGGUCCUGGGCGUCGCUUGCGGCCACCUACUCUCCGUCUGGUGGCGGCGCCGGCCGCAGGCCCCCGCAGCUGCAGCGCCCAGGUCGGCGAGUCCCGGCCAAGCCCCCGCGCCCAGCGCGCUGCCCCGCGCCAAGGUGCAGAGCCUGAAGAUGAGCCUGCUGCUGGCGCUGCUGUUCGUGGGCUGCGAGCUGCCCUACUUCGCCGCCCGGCUGGCGAACGCUUUGUCGUCUGGGCCCGCGGGAGACUGGGAGGCAGAGGGCCUGUCGGCGGCGCUGCGCGUCGUGGGGAUCGUCAACAGCGCUCUCAAUCCCUUCGUCUACCUCUUCUUCCAGGCGGGCGACGGCUGGCUCCGGCGACGACUGUGGAGGCACCUGGGCUCGCUCUGCUGCGCGCUGCAGGGAGGCGCGGAGGAUGAGGAGGGGCCCAGGGGCCACCAGGCGCUCUACCGCCAACGCUGGCCCCACCCUCAUUAUCACCAUGCUCGGCGGGAACUGCUAGACGACGGCGGCUUGCGCCCACCCCCUCCGCGCCCCAGACCUCUGCCCUGCUCCUGCGAAAGCGCCUUCUAGGUGCUCGAUGGUCAGAGAGGACGGGUGAACUGUCGCUGAGACGCAGCCUCCAGGGAACUCGAGGCCUGCCAGGUUCUGUCCAGAUCACAAGGGGCAGGAGAGUCUGUGCGAGUGACACCGAAGUUGUCCCCUUCCUUCACUUUCCUAUUCCCUUUUCAUGUUUACACUUCCCUACCCUCUUCCAAUCUCUCUUCUUCCCUACAGCUCCUCUCACAUCUCCCCAUUUGGAGACAGCGAGCCACUGGGAAGUUGUAAAAACAAAGACAGCUAUUUUUGCAGUUUUCUUUCACGCAUUUAUAGUGCUCUGGAUAAGACAACUUAUUUUUGCUAAAUUACCCAACUUUUAUUAUUUGCUGUGUUAUCAUCUGUACUUACUUAUUUUGAAUCGUGCUUAUAUCAAAUGUACCUUCAGCACCUGCAAAUUUGCCUUUUCUUUCCAGGAGGAACAGCCUCACAUUGCUCUCCCUGGAGAGUCUGAGAAUUAUACCAGUGCUGUCAGAAAUGUAAUCAUGCUGUCAUUUCAGAAUCACAGAGUAUUUGUAAAAUAAAAACCUUUCC